AUGUCUGAAGCUGAAGUUCUUGAUGUUUUCCUCAACUCUCCCGUCACUCAGGACAUGAUUCACCAUUUGGUGAACGUGACCCUUCAGAUUCUUCCUUGUGAAUCUUCUAAAACAAUCACCCAACAGCUUCCGUCUCCUCCCAAUUCACCUCCUGUUUUCAAGACAAAGUCUUUGCCUAGUUUAAUGACUUUCAUAUCCAAACUGGUCAGAUAUACAAACGUUUAUACCGGUACCUUGAUGGCUACCAUAGUCUAUAUGAAUCGGUUGAAGUCCAGACUUCCUCAGGAUGCUCAAGGUGUCGCCUGUACUAGACAUCGUAUAUUUUUGGCAUGUCUUAUCAUUGCAUCCAAAUAUUUCAACGAUUCGUCUCCCAAGAAUAAGCACUGGAGUAGAUAUACUGAUGGUCUUUUCCGUAAAGAGGAUGUUAAUCUUAUGGAAAGACAGCUACUAAUGCUCCUGGAUUGGGACCUCAAAGUUGAAACUGAUGAAUUAACUGCUGUUUGGAAACGGUUCUUAGAUCCGAUCAGAUUGGAUCUGAGAAGACAGUCCAGAAUGAGAAAUUCCUUGGCAAGAGGUACAUUGGUGAACUCUACCCAGACUAUUUCGAUGCCAAAGCAAAGAGCCAAAGAUACCCAUGCCACAGUCUCCCGGAGGUCCUCUUUCAGUUCGACAUUCUCUAAUACCGAGGAAACUCACUCGAGAAAUUCUUCUGUGUCAAGUAUUUCGUCGAAUGGCUCUUCAUAUUCUUCUGGUAAAUACGUGAAGAACGCUAAUUACUGCCACAGCGUGGGUUGUGGUGGACCAGUUUUAAUGUCUAAUUACUUGGACACAUGCGCUAUUAGGGAGCAACAACAGCUCAAUGAUCUAAUGAGGCAAUACUGUAGUUACGUAUAA